CACUGUGGUGGUCCUGGACACGGUGGUGGUCACGGACACUGUGGAGGUCCUGGACAUGGACACGGACCUCGGCACAGACGCAGGCAUAAGCGUGGCCAUAAGCAUAACAAGUGUCACAAGAAGGGGAAGGACUGUCACGGGUCCUCCAGCAGCUCCUGCAGCAGUGACUCUGACUAGACGAAGACCAGACUCCUUGACGGGAAAAGACCCAUCAGCCUACCUGCACAAGGAUCACAGUUUACCUUAAAAAGUUUUUGGGCCUUAUUUUCAUGUGUAUUCUUGGUGCAAAGCAUGUAAAACACAAACUGAGUUUUCACUGAUUGUAUGGCCUUGAAUGAAAUAAUAAUCUAAUCAAAUAAAAAAUCAUGAAAACAGAGAUGGUUUGGGAGGUUUUUCAUAACUUUCUGAGUUUGAGUCACUGAAUGAAGAUGAGCUGAUUAUUCCAAAAGAGAUUUUGUUUUCAGAAAAUUAAAACCAUCCUGGAGAAAAUCUUGGUUGAAUCUGAAAAGGUGUGAUCUGUUUUGGGUGUGAUACUGGUGCGCACUGCCGUGUGCCACAGAGUCAUUAUUAAGAUGACCACUAGAUGGCACCAAAGUAAGACAUUUUCAGUGAUCAUCUCCGACUGAGGUGUGGUCUCCUAUAAAAACCGAGUCAGUUCACUGCUGUGUCUGUGGAUGUGAACUCCAGCACUCAGAUUUGGAUCUGAAAUUCUGAAAUGUCGUGGAAUAACAAAGGAUACCAGCGUCCUCAGCCAAUGCCAGGAGGAUACCCUCAGUGUCCACCAGGUCCCGUGCCACCCCAACCCUGUCCUCCCCAGCCCAGUGCUCCACCUGUGUGUAAUCCUGUAGCCCCACCGUGUGGAGGGCAUGGAGGUUGUGGCCCUGGGCAUGGACAUGGACAUGGUCCUGAGCAUGGUCAUGGACAUGGUCAUGGGCAUCAUGGACAUGGACAUGGUCCUGAGCAUGGGCACGGGCAUCAUGGACAUGGACAUGGUCCUGAGCAUGGUCACGGGCAUCAUGGACAUGGACAUGGACAUGGUCACGGGCAUCAUGGACAUGGACAUGGACAUGGAUGUGGGCACCAUCAUCAUAGGCAUGGUCACAUGCACGGCCAUUGCCACAAGAAAGGAAAGCAAUGUCACGGGUCCUCCAGCAGCUCCUGCAGCAGUGACUCUGACUCUCACAGAAACCCGUACCCUCCGGGUUACCCAGGCCACCCUCAGCAGGCGCCUGGGGGAUACCCUCAGUAUCCUCCAGGCACAGUCCCACCAAACUGCCCUCCUCAGCCCCACGGACCUGGAUAUGGCCCGGGAUAUGGAACCGGCUGUGGCCAGGGACACGGGCAAUGCCAGGGACACGGGCAAUGCCAGGGACAAGGGCAAUGCCAUGGACAGGGACACGGACACGGACAUGGACAUGGACAUGGACAUGGACCCGGACACGGACAUGAACAUGGACAUGGACAUGGACACGGGCACAAGCACAAGCACAAGCACAAGCAUGGCCACAAGCACGGCCAUUGUCACAAGAAAGGGAAGGACAGUCACGGGUCUUCCAGCAGCUCCUGCAGCAGCAGCGACUCUGACUAGAUGAAGACGCCACGAGACAAGUUGGUGCCAGCAGACCUUCAUCCUCCUAGCAUGCAUUAUGAUCAUUAUUUUACUGCCUAAAUGUUUCUUCACUUAUAAUCUUAAAAAAAAGCAGUUUGUGGCUGUGCUGGAUGUUUCAAAAUGACUCUUGAUCCUCCGUGCCGUGACUUCAUUACAUGGUGUGGUCCAGUUUUUCUUCGGAUUUCAUUUGUUAGUGUACAGUAAGAGUCAUUAUUGUAUACUCUAACUGUGUCUGUGAGAAAAAUAAAAAUGUUCCUGCUCAUGUCAGCUGGUAGUGAAUUAA